AUGGCUGAAUCCACCGAGGUUGACUACACUCUCAACAACCCGGAUACGCUCACCAAGUACAAGACUGCGGCUCAGAUCUCCCAGAAAGUGCUAGAGGCCGUCACAGGCAAGUCCCAGGCCCUUGUUAUAGCGGCAGUCGAGGGAAUCAAGAUUCUUGAGCUAUGCCAGAAGGGUGAUGAGCUUCUCGAAGAAGAAAUUGCCAAGGUUUACAAAGGCAAAAAGAUUACCAAAGUGUUGACGACGCAAUGGUUUUUGUACCCUUCAGGUGUUGCUCAUCCUACAACGGUUUCACCAAGUUCAUUUGUGACUCCGUACACGCCGCUGGUCUCAGAUACAGAGGAAGCCGAGACAACCAUCAAAGCUGGCGAGGUCAUUAAGAUUCAGCUUGGUGCUCAGAUCGACGGGUUCGGUACGAUUGUCUCGGACACGAUCAUCGUCGCAGGAAAGGAAUCAGCGGACGGUGUUGUUGAGGGCCGCGAAGCCGAUCUCGUUCAUGCGACACACUAUGCCAACGAGCUGCUGCUGCGCUUGCUGUUGCCUCCUGGACUUUUAGCCUCCGGCACAGAUGAGGAGAAAGCAAAGGCAGCUGCCGAGAAACCGCCAACCCAGAGUAAAAUUUCCAGCCUCAUCGAGAAAGUUGCCAAGACAUUCGACUGCAAUGUCGUUGAAAACACCACCAGCUGGCUGUUUGAGCGCAAUGAGAUCGAGGGCAAGAAGAAGAUCAUCCUGUCUCCCAGCGGUGGAGUCAAGGGCGAUGGUUCUCCUGAAGUUGGAGAAGUCUGGGGCGUGGAACUCGGUCUCAGCUUGGGCUCAGGCAAAGUAAAGACUCUCCCACAACGGCCUACUCUGCAUCGUCGUACCACGACCACCUAUAUCCUGAAACGCCCCAGCUCCCGCCAGACAUUGUCCGAGAUUGUCAAGAAAUUCGGAACUUUCCCCUUCAGUCUUCGUCAGUUGGAGGAUGAAAAGGCAGGAAAGGUCGGCGUUGUCGAAUGUGUUCGGGGUGGCGUUGUCCGGCAGUAUGAGCCAGCUGGUGAAUCCGACAAUGCCCCUGUGUCUCGCCUGCUGACCACCAUUGCUAUUACUAAGAACGGCCUGACCAGGCUCGCAGCUCCGCCUGCGCCUGAUCUGUCAAAGUUCAAGACCGACAAGAAGAUCGAAGAUGAAGAGAUCUUGAAAAUCCUUGAAAAGCCCUUGGCCAGGUCUACCGGAUCUAAGGGAAAGAAGAACAAGAAGAAGAAGAAGACUACGAAGAAGGCUUCGGGAGAGGAGGAAGAAGAGAGUGAUGCGGAGUAA